GAACGUUUGGGUGUGUCGAAAUCACCUUCAAAACUGAAUGGAAGGGAUUACAAGUUAUACAAUGGUAAUGUUGAGUGCAAGAUGUUAACUAAUAAUAAUAAAUAAUAAUGAGUCUUUAUUUCAUCAAAAGAUAAAACGACAUAUCUUAUGUUACAAUAAUAUGGAAGAUAAAAAACUAUGAUAAAAACAUCUACACAUAUAGAUAUAUUAAAAAAGUAUGUCAUUACAAUAAAUGGAGCCUAAAAAUCAACCUAUUUACAAAGGUGUUCAUAAAACUCUGUGUAUUAAUUUUCGGGCGUGCGCAGCCUUUUUUCCUAAGAUUAUGUACAUAACUCUUCUGGACAGGAAUGAUAUCUUUCAGGGGGUGGCAAUCAGUUGAUAUUAAUUUCUUUAAAAUGUUUCGGUCUUGUUUAUUUAAAAGGUUAAAAUAGUAAAUAUUACUAUUAUGAAAUAGUUAAUAAAAUAGUUAAUCCUUCUGUUGUCCCUUUUCUGAUGAAUUGUGAGGAAGAAAAUCCUACAAUCAUAAGCAAAGCAGUUCCCAUUGGAAUUCAAGACAAUGCAACAUUUGUCUUAAGCGCUGAUACUCUGGAAAACAGAAAAGAUUUGUUCUCAGACGAAAAUGGGUCGUGGACCAUGACGGGCUGUAAGGCCAAGUUUUAUAGCAUUGAAAGGGAUGAGGAUGGAAAAGUGGUUGAGCUCGACAAGGUCAACAGUCAAGCAUGUGCUGAUGUAGCAGUGAGAGGGAGAACCUACAUAUGUUCCUUCGACACCUCAUAUCACAAACACCGCGGCAAAAGGUCUACGCAUGCGCCAGGUUGAGCAUUUCCGGUCUCUUUUUCAUUCACACUUUCCAGUCAGAUCAAAGACUUCCGCGCGCUCCCGGUUUCAUUCUGUGUGCAGCGUGUGGUUCAGUUGUUCUGCUUCAUGCUGCUCGUGUUUUUGACUAUUUUGUAGUUAUUGAAAUUGCUUUUAUGGAUAACCAGGCACAGAUUCUGAAACAAUUAGUCGAUUAGAUUCAUAAAAGGUAAGAUGAUAAUAACUCUGUGUAAUUUUGGCUAGAGCGUCAGGUAAACUGAUUUUCAUUCACGAAAACGAGUUUUUGACUGUUAUUUUUCACUUAAUCCGGCUGAAACUAAGACAUAAAAAGUUAUCAUUGCAAGCUUGUGUAUUGUAGUUCUAAUUUUCAGUUCUUCAGUUUCUCAGUCUUCAUGUCUUAAAGCCGAUUCGAGCUUUAUUUGGAAAACGACAACACACAAUCGCUUUGUAGUUUUAUUUACCAGUGAGUUUUACCGUGUUUUGAAACGAAACUCUUCUGAGUUGAUUGCCAUGAAACAUAAGCUUAAUUAUAAUGUUGAGGUUGGCAGCAAGUUGACCACUCUAUUUAUUUUUUUUCAUUCUCAGAAUCAGAGAGCGAAAGCUGGUUCGAUGGCCAGGCUUUUGAAAGUCGAACUUUUCAUGCCAUGUAUCUAGCAGCUGGAAUCGUGUUUGCUUGAGAUGCAGCCGAGCCACACAGUCUGAAAUUAUUGAAGUCUUCAACCAAAGAACAACCAUGUAAAAGAAUUAAAUAGGUAUUUUCUUGAAUGAAAGUCAUUUAUAGGCAUGUUUAGUUUCCCGGCACUGAAAACUCCGUGUGUUCGUGACUGCAGUCAUCAAAGUCAAAGCUGUUAUUAAAUCCCGCCCAUCUUUUGUUUUGAGUUCUUGUUUAAAAUUAUUGAACGGACGAAAAUUUUAUUUCCUGGUUUUAGUGUUAAUGAUAAUGAUGAUGUCUUUAUUUUGGUUUCUUUCAUAAGUAUUGUUAUUCUUUUCUUAGUUAUCGCCUUCUCCCAAAUUAACUUAUGCCAAACCAGUAGCAUGCAAGAAAGCCAGUCUCGUCUUGUCGAGCGCUCUCGACCUGCAAACUUCUAACAUCAUUUUCACCGUUGGUGCAAACAAAUAACCAUGUGGUGCAAAAGUUUGACGCUAGAAAAAUAUAUAAGCUUUCGAAUGAAGUGAUUUUUUCCGCCCCCUUUUUUGUCUGUUUCUCCCUUUUUGCUUUUAAACUUGGCGCGACGGCAAUGUUACGCUUACGCAAUUGGUUUAUAUACUAGACCGGAAAUAAAAACUGACCGGAUGUUAAAUUUUGUGCUCAUGCGCAGUUCGUUUUGCCGCGGUGUUCAUAUCACAAGACAUAAUUUUUAAUCGUCCGCCCACGAGAUUUAAGAUCAAAAAGCAUGGCAAUCGUACCUCAUCCAAUAUGCCACAUAUCAGGUCGAAAGAGAGUACCGAGCUGAAAGUUGUAGAGAAAACUAAGGAAUUUGGUUUUGUUGUUAGCCAGAAAGGAGGCUGGUGGUGUUAUUGAUACCCAUGCCAUUAGUUCACUUCCACGGUACACAAAGCAGAUUGAAUACCUCACUCAAAAACCAUCUGAAAGAGUAAAAAAGGACCCACUAGCAUCUGUUGUAGAACUACAGAAAACAACUUUUCCGGGCUUUAUCCGUGAUGUAGUCUGUAAUGAUCUGCCUACUGUCAUGUUAUUCACUGACCAACAGUUGAACAAUAUCAUGAAGUUUUGCUGUCAUGAAAGGGUCAACCAGGUCUCUGAACUUGGAGUUGAUGUAACUUUUCAACUCGGUCCAUUUUAUGUCCUUGUAACAAGUUUCAAGAAAACGGUCCGUCGAGUUACGGGGGCAAACAACCACCCCUCCUGUUUAGGCCCUGUCAUGAUCUGCAUGACAAGGGAUGAAUCAACCUAUCUGUCAUUUCUUCAUUGCCUGAUUCGUGAAAAACCGAGUCUUGGCGAAUUUGUGCAUGUCACUGGCUCAGAUGACGAACGUGCUCUAACAAAUGCCCUGUCGGCUGGUUUCAGAAAUGCAUCACUUUUGUUUUGUUACAUUCAUUGCCAAAGAAAUAUUAAGGAGAAAUGUAGAAAGCUUAGUGUCUUCGUCAUUAGAGUCGCACAUUUGACAAGACCUCUUCAAACCAAAAAGUGGGUUACUCUGGUCAAGUUCACUGGAAGAGUUUAA